AUGAAAGACCUUGAGGACUACCAACGACCUGCAAAUGUAUCAGAUUUUGUGGCGGAAGUAGGUGUGGAUCCCGCCCUCGGACUCUCCCGAGACGAUGCCAUGACACGUCGCGCACUAUACGGGGCCAACCGCGUGACGCCGCCCGUGAAUUGCCCAUCAUGGAUCUGCUGUCUGUUGCCAUGUCUCAUGCGUACGGCCUCCAUGCAGGCGUAUCAGCACGCGUUACCCCGCGAGGCGACAGUGCGUCGUCGGAUAGCAGCGGUGCAGAGUCAGCCGACCACUCGACGCAUGCGUAUGGACGCAAUGAGUCUCGUGUACGGAGAUGUGGUGGAGCUUAAAACUGGCGACGUAGCGGGCGCGGAUCUGCGCGUCGUCGAAUGCUCAGCCGACUGUGUGGUGGACCAGACGACGCUGGUAGGAGACGACGGUGAAGACGAGGAAUCUGGACAAGCAGGGAGCAGGAAAUACGUCACAAGUAGCAGUCCGCCGCCACAUCUGCAGCAGUUUCCACUGCGCUGUGGCAACAUUGUUCCGAUGACAGCGAGCGUGCUACGAGGCUCGGCUGUAGCUGUGGUAGUGUCGACAGGAGAUCGCACGCUGUGGGGACAAAUGGUGACGCAGCAUCAGUGGCCACUACCUCCAGGGGCUGCAUUGAGAAAGGAGACGGGUAAUGGAGAGGAGAAAACCAAUUUGAUCGUAUAG